AAACACGGUGGCAAUUGCUUUCUCCUCGAAAGCUUACCAUUCUGGCUGGCAUUCUCCCCCGUGGGGUCUCCAACGGUCGAUUUCCUACCUUGAAAACCCCUCCCCUCCCUGGCCUCUAAACCCUUCCUUCCAGCUUCGCCACUCGCUUCCUCGUCUCCAAGAAAGGAAACCAAUCCCUCGCGCCUGCUGCUCCACGGCUCAAGACCAUGGCGAUCGAGAAGGGGAUAUCGCCGUACGAGGCGGCGCGGGAGAGGAAGGUGCAGGAGAACAAGCGCAAGAUGGAGGCGCUCAACCUGCACCACCUCUCCGCCGCCGUCGCCCACGCCCCCAAGACCCCCUCCCCCAUGAAGCAGAAGAGGCGCAGGAUCAUCCAGGCGGCGGUCGUGGCUCCCUCCCCUCCGAGGAGGUCACGUCGGCUGGCCCACCUCCCUGAGGUCAAGUAUGCAGAGGUAGCACCAGAAAGCGAGAGAAUGAAGAGGUGGUCUCCUAGAAAGCCAACUGAAAUUAUGUGCUGGGGAAGUGGUGGAUCAAUUUCCAUGGAAGCCAGAUUGGAGGCAGCAAGAAAAGCAGAGGAGUUGGAAUCAGAACUUGACCCUGAAUUUCCAUCCUUUGUGAAACGGAUGUUACAUUCACAUGUGGUGCGAGGGUUCUGGUUGGGUCUGCCUAGCCAUUUCUGUGACUCAUACCUGCCAAAACAAGAUUCCACUAUCACUUUGGUGGAUGAGAAAGAUGAAGAAUUCGAGACAAAUUACCUUGCCUACAAGAAGGGGCUAAGUGGUGGCUGGGCUGGCUUUGCUUUGAGCCACGGAAUUCUGGAUGGAGACUCGACGGUUUUUCAGUUGAUUAAGCCUACAACCUUCAAGGUGCAUAUAAUCCGAGCAACCGUGGAUAAUGACAACAAGGAAUCGGAGUGAGAACGCAGUGCAUCAUCACUUCAAAGUACUAACCUAUCAGUAGAUGGCUUGUAGGAUAUGGCUAUGGUUUAAGCUCUAUCUAUCGGGAUUGCCUGCGCAGUUAUGCAUUUUGUUGGUGUCUGCCCACCAGUCUUAGAUGGGUGUAAUUAUCUAUCACGAUUUCCUGUGGAAGUUAUGUAGGAGUAAUAUGUUUGUGUCCACCUGUACUGUUAACGAGACCACAGAGUUUCAGGACUCUAAUCAGUUAAUUCGUUUUCUGGCUA